AGGUAACAACAAAUAUAGAAGGUGUGUAAAUGGCACUAGUUAGGGAGAGAAGGCACCAACAGGGACUCCGUUUAUCCCUACCACCACCGUUACCGGCAGCUGAUUUCCGGCAACGGUCUCAUUAUGCAGCGUUGCUCUCAGCCAUUGGUCCAACAUCUCCAGACAUCGAAAGGCUCGCCGACCUUGAGAAACUCUCAGUUAUUGGCCAUGGCAAUGGUGGCACUGUCUACAAAGUCCAGAACCGUAAAAGCUCAUCCAUUUACGCGUUAAAAGUCCUUCGUUUUGAUCAAAACACUGCCAUAAUACGACACCAGGCGACAUCUGAAGCUGAAAUCCUGAAAAGGGUCGAUUCACAAUUCGUUGUGAAAUGCCUCGCUGUUUUUGAUACUAUAGGAGGAGAGCUCUGUUUCGUUAUGGAGCACAUGGAGAGAGGGUCGUUGUACGAUGAACUUUGUGUCAGGGUGAAUUUGCCUGAAGAUGUUAUUUCAGGGAUUGCCCAAAGAGUUUUACGAGGGUUACAAUAUCUGCAUGGAAUGCAAAUUGUGCAUGGCGAUAUCAAACCAUCGAAUCUAUUGAUAAAUGGGAAGGGAGACGUGAAGAUUGCAGAUUUUGGAGUGAGUAAGAUCGUUGUUGGCACGCGAAAUGCCUGUGACACGUGCAUGGGAACAUGUGCUUACAUGAGUCCUGAAAGAGUUGAUCCAGAGAGGUGGAAUGGGGGCAAUGCGGAUGGUUUUGCUGGGGAUAUUUGGUCGCUAGGUGUGGUGGUAUUAGAAUGUUUUGUGGGUCAUUAUCCGUUGAUUGGUUUCGGAGAAAAGCCUGAUUGGGCGGCUUUAAUGUGUGCCAUAUGCUUUGGGGAGAGGUUGGAGAUGCCUGAGAAGGCUUCGCCGGAUUUUAGGAGCUUUGUGAGAAGGUGUUUGGAGAAAGAUUGGAGAAAGAGAGGGACGGUGGCUGAGCUUCUUGAUCACCCUUUUGUGAAAAGAAGUUGUGGCGGAGGUUCUAAUGAAGGAUUCAUCGAUUUUGCCUUGCACCAUUGAGUUUCUU